AUGCUACAAAACGGUGAGAUGACGGAUGGUUGGAGCCUCUUGUGAAACGCACCACGGUUGAGACAAAUAGGCCUGAAGGACGCUAUUGUCACGACAGUAUGUAACCUCUGAAUGUUAAGGGGUCACUGAAUUACAACCUCAGGGGCGAUAUCAAAGCGUGUAUACUAGAACACGAGACACAUACCACGUGACUUAGAUCGGUGAACAUGUAGGUCACUUCCCGAGGAACGCAUGUUUCCAGAAAUAGGAAAUCAUUUACUCAGAACCAGGACUGGACACAACAGAGGACGGUACCAGUAUCACCAUGGCAGGUCUGAAGAUAGAGAUUGAAGCUGGAGACGGAGGAAAAUGUGAUAAUUUAGUGAUGGCCGGCGUGGUCACUGGAGGAGUCGACAAUGAAUGUAAAGGUAUACCGAAGCCAGAAGGCAUCAAAUCAGAUCUCUCAACAACUAACAUAAAACUAAAGGGUCCUGGCAAAGAUGCUCAACAUAAAGAUGUGAAGAUAAUGGGUGUUGUGGAAGGAGGGCUGGGAUUAAAAGACAUCUCGAAAGAUGCUGACCGCAGUGGUCAAGGUCAAGAGGCUCCCUAUAAAAUGGACUCUGUACCGAGAGGGUUGUGCUAUAUAUUCUGCAACAAGACCUUUGAAGAUAAACCCAAACAAACGAGAAUAGGAACCGAGAAGGACAGAGAUGCGUUGACAGAGGUUUGGGGAAAGCUCCAUUUUGACGUUAAAUCGUUCGACGACUCCGAAGCUGAUGUGAUGGAAACGAGGAUUAAGAAACUUGCCAAGAUGGACCACAAGGCUUAUGACUGUGUGGUAGUGAUCUUCCUGACCCACGGGCGAGAUGGGGCGGUGCAGGGGUCCGACAACGAGUGGCUGGACGUCAGUACCAUCACAUCUUACUUCGAGGCGUCAGAGUGUCCGUCACUGGCCAACAAACCAAAGCUGUUUUUCUUUCAGUCAUGUAGAGGCAAAGAAAUCCAAAAAGCUGUUCCGGUUCAAGGUGAUGAUGGCGGCAGUGAUGCUGUUGCUAAAGAAACAGUAGUUCAGGCUGUCAAGAUGGUUGCUCCAGAGGGAGAUUUCUUCUUUGGAUUUGCCACAGUGGCAGGGAUGCAGGCUCUGAGAAACCCGGAGAGUGGUAGCUGGUUCAUUCAGGCGCUUGUCCAAGCUCUGGAAGCAUGUACAAAGAGGGAUGACCUGGACAGCAUUUUGACAACCGUGCGUAGUAAAGUGAACAAUCAUCAAUGUGAAACAUCGGAUGGGAAGUUUCUCAAACAAACGGCUGAAGUGCGGACGACGUUGCUGAAGAAACUUUUUUUUACUUAUUGAGCAAGACAAAGUUUGUCGGAAUAGUUGUUUCAAAUCACAUAAAGGCGCCCAUUUGAGAUUAGGCCUAAACACUUUCAUGAUCAUCUGUCUCGAAAUGUAAAUUGGGGAAUUUGCUCAGCUUGUCGGUUCAGUUUCCUAUUGAUGUAGCAGUACAGACACACCUACACCUAUAAAUGCUUAUUAGGUUUAGAGGGGAAUUGAGAUGGUCGACUGAAGGCUGUGCUGCGUUCCUUGUGAGCAUAGAAAGCAUGUUCAUGGGUUCGAAUCCCGGUUCGAAUGGACUGGGUUAGACGAACCCAGUAAACGUCUACGUUGUAGGACUUUCCUCCUACACAAAGCUGACAGGCCGUGAUUCACAUGGAAUACCGUACAACACGGCGUUAAACCCGACUCACUCACUCACCAAUCUAUCCACCCACCAACCCGCCCACCCACUCACUCCCUGGGAUACUAUUGGAAUACCGUUCAAAACGCCGUUUAACCCACUCACCCACUCACUCACUCACUCACUCACUUUUACUCCCUCCCUGGGAAUACUUUUGGAAUACCGUUCAAAACGACAUUAAACCCAACUCACUCACUCGCUCACCAACCCACCCGCUCAC